AAAUCAUCAAGCUUUCUCCGUUCAGUACUCCACUUGAUCACAUCUAAUGCACCAGUUUUAAGUUUUAGGUCAAAAACCAAAAGAACCGCAGAGAGACACACCCGUAUUCUCCUUCCUUCGUCAGAGUGUUCCUCUCUCAUGCGCACCAGACGAAACCCUCACCGAGCCCCAAACCCCCCAAACCCUGACCCACUCAUGGAGGCCGAUGCCAACGAGCCCAGCUCCCCCUGCGCCUCCCCCUUACCUGAAAGCGAGCCGCGCCCUAUUACUCAGAGCCCCGUCACGCCCACCACCAUUGUUCCUCGCAAGGGCGGCAAGAAGCGGAAGAAGCUCAACCGUGAAAAGAUGGCAGCCGUCCAGAAGAAAUUCGAAGUCCUUCGCGUCGUACUGCAACCCAUCCCUUUUACCCGAAGCCAAACUAUCGAUGUUGAAAAGCACCAAAGCCUCUUCAAGCGUCUGGGCUUGUACGAGUUUGCCCUUUUGGAGCUUGAUCAAACUAUUGAUUCUGAGAUCUUGGCUCAUUUUAUUGCUGGUUAUGACCCACCGAAUCGUCUGAGUUUGGUUAAAGGUGUGCGUGUUAAGGUCAGCAGGCCUGAGCUCGCACGCGCGCUCAGCCUGCCUGUAAAAUCUUUGAAGAACCCGUCGGAUAACUCCGAGAGUACAGAGAAGGUGAGUGAAGAGGAGAGGGCCGUUCUUUCUGAGUUAAUGUCCAAUUGGAUGUUUCUCCAUGAUGAUGAUACAUGCAUGAUCAUGCCUGAUGAGAUGACCAAGGCUGAGGGUUUUCUAAGAGAAGGUGAACCUGAGAAGAUUAACUGGGCGAAUUUGGUUUGGGCCAUGGCUGAGAAGGAGCUCUUGGAAUGGCCUAAGCUUGAAAAGUGUUUCUAUGCAUCACAUUUUCAGCUUCUUAUAAAAUCACAAAAGCCUGAUCUAUUCAAAGAAGAAGGAGCACAAGAAGAAGAACUUGAAGCAGUGAAAGAAGGAGAAAUAGAGGAGCAGGCUAAGGAAGAAGAGGGGGCGUUGCCGGAAAAACUGACCGAUCAUGCUGACGAAGAGCGCAAGGAAGUUGCUGAGCCGGUCAACGAGGAGAAUCACGAGAUGGAUGGUGACGAUCACAGUGAGUGGCCUAUGGACACCCACGAUGCACCAGGGGUGAGCAUCAGGGAUCAGUGUUUCAAGCCAUGUGACCUGAAUCGAGAUCUAGGAUUGAGCAAGCACAAUGCAGGUAAAGAACUGGAGGAUGAACCUGAAAUUAGGGUUUCCCUAGGGCUUCAGUCUUGUAAGUUCUCAGAUCUUGAGAGAAUGGCUUCUGCUGAGCUAAUGUCAUCCAUGGAGAACCAGAUGACAUUUGGUUUGCCGUCUCACAUCAUGAACUCAACUGCUGGUGUUGAAAAUAAUGGGAAUUUACUCCAUGAUUCGAUGCCAUUUCCAUGUAAGAGAGAGAUGGAUGAUUCUCCUCCAAUUGGUCACGGCGAAUCCCAUAUGCCAUUUCCAUGUAAGAGAGAGAGGGACGAUUCUCCUCGAAUGGCUCAUGGCGAACCCCAUAAGAAGAUGCGGAUGGAAAGCCAUUGGGAUUCGAUAACAAUGGAUUAUAAUGCGAUGUUCGAUCAAGCACAAUGUUUUCUAGAGAGGUGCAGGAUGUUGCAUGCUGAAAAGGAAGAAGCUCAUGCCAAUACCCAAAUGAGAUUUGAGCACGAGCUUAGGCAAAGGGAAUAUGUCAUUGAAAGCUUGACCAGAAACAAGAUUGAGGAGCAACAAAACAAAGAAGCGGAGUUUCGUCAACUUAACUUUGAGCUCUACGUUGUUACUAAUUUGGCAAGGGGAUACAAGAAAUCACUAGAAGAUACCAGAAAUGCAUUUGCUGAGUAUAGGAGAAAGUGUGCACAACCAGAGGAGCCAGUUUACAGAGAUGCUGGAAAGGGUGGUGUUGUUCUUAGCACUGAUGAGUUGCUGAAAUUGCAAUUGGAAAGGGAAAGAGAGAGAAGGGAAAUUCUUAGCUCACUGAAAGAUAAGGCAAACUCUUUUCUCCAAGAAUGGGAGAGUAGAUCCAAGUUGUUGCUUGAUCUGCUUGAUUCAAAAGAUGAUCGUUUGAGUCGUCUCGUUGGAGAAGUAAGGGAUUUGAAAGAUAAGCUUGUGAAGUCCUGUACAAUGGAAGUUCAGUAACUGCUGUGGCAGUUGCUAGUGAAACUUCAGGCCAUUUUUUUGUUUUAGUAAGUUCUCUUUUGGGUCAAGGUAACACACAAUGUUCCACUUGUAAGUUGACUACUUUAAUUGUUAUAGAAGCUUAUGUUUUAUUGGCUUUGUAUA